AUGCCUUCCGACAACGCGACAUUGAAGAGAAAACACUCUCCACAAAGGGUGUUCCCAUUUCUCGCACUUCCUCGUUUAGCUCAAGAAAAGGUGGUAUCGUUAAUGGACGUCAGAGCGAGAGAGUUUUUUUCGGUGUGCUCGAGAUAUGCACAAGAAUUGGAAAGAACCUCGACUCUUCAACUAGACACUCUCGAGUUUACUGACCAUGAAAGUUGGCGGUGUAUUCCACCAGAAUCCAACGAAGUGACAGUAUAUGGAAUACACAUAUCACCGAGUACACACAAAAAAGUCUACCGAACAUCGAUUUAUCGGAAAUUUGGAGAAAAUCACACAAAAGUUAAUGGACCAUAUGGUAAUGGAAAGGAAAUGGUGCUAGAGAACACUGACUUUUAUGAACGUGGACUCUCAAUGCUUCAUAAAAUAUUGAAGCAAAUUAAUUAUCGAGUUAGAAGAUUUGUAGUUAGAGUGGAUCGAUGGAAUGUUGAUCAUAUUCCGCUUCAUAAAUUGGACGGAUGCAAAUCAAUUCACUUGGAUUUUUCAAGUAUCGAUCAAUUAAAAUCAAUAUUGAAGGUUGUGUCUGAAGAAACCAAAGAUAUCACUUUAGUGUAA